CGGAUUGGCUUUUUGUGCCUAGAUUGUAUCGCGUUUCCAAGGGGAAGCUGGAGCGGUGGUGGCGCCGUUGCUGGUGCCGGUGACGGCAGGGGAAACCCAGUGCGGCUCAGCCCGGUCUGGCCGGGGGUGGGGACGCGACCAUGAGUUUGGCCUUGAGGAAUGAUCUUGCGGUAGACAAAACCAAAAGGAAAAAAAGAAGAGAACUGACUGAAGAACAGAAGCAAGAAAUUAAAGAUGCUUUUGAGUUGUUUGACACAGACAAAGAUAAAGCAAUAGAUUAUCAUGAAUUAAAGGUGGCAAUGAGAGCCUUGGGUUUUGAUGUAAAAAAAGCUGAUGUGCUAAAAAUACUUAAAGAUUAUGAUAGAGAUGCAACAGGCAAAAUCACCUUUGAAGAUUUUAAUGAAGUUGUGACAGACUGGAUAUUGGACAGAGAUCCACAAGAAGAGAUACUCAAAGCAUUCAAAUUAUUUGAUGAUGAUGACUCAGGUAAAAUAAGCUUGAGAAACCUGCGCCGUGUUGCUAGAGAACUGGGUGAAAAUAUGUCUGAUGAAGAACUACGGGCUAUGAUUGAAGAAUUUGAUAAAGAUGGAGAUGGAGAAAUCAAUCAGGAGGAGUUCAUUGCUAUUAUGACUGGAGACGUUUAAAGUUACAAGAAAAUGAACUCAACAACAAAAAAGGGAGGAUUAUUGGCUGUUAACAUUGCAAUUGCCAUCUUAUGGUUCUGUUUAUUUCUGUAGCUGGACCCAUGCAAAAAAAUUAUUUUCCUCAAAGGACCAAAAGAAACAUACGUUUUAUGUACUGAUACUUCAGUAAUUUGUAACAUUAUUUUUUGGAGUAAACAGUGUUCAGUUUUUGAAAUGUUUGAGUAUUCAUUUGUAAAAUAGCUUUAUAUGAGAUUUCUAAAUUAAAUCAUAUUAUAAAAAUCUUUUGAAGUUUACUUUGUUAGCAGUAGCUGUGGCCUUAGUUUUGAUAUAUAAAGUUUUAACAAACUUCCAUUUUUAAUAAAAUGUUCUUUUAUUAUUGGUAUUUGAAA